AUGAUCUUGAUUUUAUUGACGAUCAUAGUAAGAUCCCGUCUCAGGAUUCGCCCAAAGCGCUAUGCAUCGAAAAAGGACCGCUCGCCACAAAGAUCACCACCCAAUGAAAUUCCAAAUGCCAAACGACGAAACUGGACUGAGGUGGCCGGCAUUCUAAAUAAGACUUUGAACCUAGGACCCGUUGAUCGGACCUCCAUCCUAGAGCAUUUGAUUUCAAAUGUUCGCCUCGAAAUGAGCGAAAGGUACUCCUCUGUGCUAGAGGAGUUCGAUAUUGCUAGAAUACUCGAAGACAGUCUGAGCCCAGUCGUGAAGAAUAUUUGUGAAAAGGGCAAAUUCGACCUGAUCAGUCUCUUGGAAAUUGGACAGGAUACAGAAACGAAAAAAGAAGCUGGUGUAUAUCUUCAUAUUCUAUGGAGAGAGGAUGAAACGACGAAACGGUUUUGGCUUUACGUCGGACAAGCAUGUGUGCUGUGUCUUGAGGAUCCGGAAACAUAA